GCGCCCGGGAGACGCCAUGCGGGCGGCGCGGAGCUGAAGGAUGCUGGCGGGCAGGCCCGGAGCCCAGAGCGCAGGCGCGGGCCUGGGCGCCGGCCCCUCGAACCCGCGGGGCGCCCGGGACGGUGGCGGCGGGCGACCUCGACCGGGCGGUUACCUAGACAUGAAAAUCCAUCUUGAGAAAAAUUUAGAAGAAGAACGCCAGAUACUACUACAGCAACAAAAAAUAUGUCGGAAUCAAGCACGUAAAUAUUUCAUGGAGUCAAACCGGAGAAGAAAAGCUUUUGAGGAGAAAUGCAAAGAGCAAGAAGAAAGAGAGUAUCAGAUCAGAGAACGGAUCUUGCAGCAGCGGAAGCAGAAGUUUGAAGAAGUCACUGAAAAGUUCCAGCGUGCCCAUGUGCCUCUCUCCCAGAGAAGGAAAGCAGUUUUCCAAAAACCAGUUCCUCCAUUAGAAGAGGCCCUUAAACAAAUUCAAGAAUCCAACUUAAAAUCAGAAGUAAACAUUCCUCUUUCCCACAGGCCAGCAACAAACUGGCGAGCUAUAGAUUCUGCCUUGCCUUCAACGUUGUCAAAAAAUGAUCAAAAACAUCAAAAAUAUCUCUUAUGCAGAAUUAACCAUGAUAAAGAAAUGAAAGAGAACAACACAGCAAACUUAGCUACUAACAAAAGUAUGCUCCAGAUGAGACUGGAGGAAACACAGAAACUCCUAGAGGAUCAACAUUUAAGCGAUUUGCAAAAAUUUUGUGAUGAAGUUAAUCAGAUAACCAAUUCUGAAACUCUGUCAAGUAUAGACAGUCUUGAGGCUGCAGAGCGUGAAGCAAUAUACAUAUCCCUGAGCAUGGAGCCUUCCAUGUCAGCCCCAAAGAACUCCGCGCCCCUCAAAUCAGCAGAUCUGCAAUCAGCUCGUUUAAACUGCUUUGAUGAACAGAAGCUGUCAUUCUCUAAAACUCAGCAUAUAAACAAUUGGCUCACAAACCUAGACGCUCCAGAUACUCAGCCUGUCACAUCUUUUUCAGAUAUUUUAAGUAAAUCUAGUGUUCUGCCCUUAUGGGAAUGUUUGAAUAAUAAGGAGCAGAAUCCACCUACUGUGAACAGAACUGUGGAAAGAACCUCACGAGCUGCUGGUGACUCCAUGGUCUUUGUGAGUAGUCCAUCUGUCGUUGCCCUGGAUAAGAAAGGAGAACGCACCUCCGGAAGUAGCGCUGUGCAGGCAGGUGGGCCUACUGAUGGGGCACUUGGAAGGGAGAGGCCAUUGGUUCCUGAGAGCCCAGCAUUUAAAGUCAGUAGAGUCUGGAAUGUGCCAGAAUCUCUAAGCCAGGAAGUAGCUACAUUUUCCAUCCAAGAGAGACUAUCUGAGUUAACUCAGGAAAACAGAACGGCUUCAAUCCCUGCUUCAUUUGUACCAGUUUUGCCACUUAAUGCGCAGUCAGAUGGGUCUUUAGCAGAGUGCAGCUCACACAUAAAAGAAAUCAGCCCCGUGCAGUGUUCUGAUAAGUUAGAUGAAUUGAAAGACAUAAAAUGUGAAAAGAGAAAUCAUUUUAACUGUAAUAAAGAAAAGUUGUCUUUCUUUUCAGACAAUUUUCAGGCCACCUGUGCACUUCAAAGUUCUAAUUCAAAAGAUAGAAAACAAAAAGUAAGUGGGCCAUCAGCAACACUGUGUAACUUAACCCCUGACGUGCCUGACCAGCACAGCAUGAGACACAGCAUCCAUGAACAACAUGGGGUGAGGCUGCUUAAGAGUAUAUUAAAGAAAGAAUCCAGAUAUGAACAUGAUUGUCUCAGGGCACUGGUUAUAAACCAAGGCUUUAAGUUUAGACAUCAAAAGGCAGAAACUAUUAGAGAUAGUAUUGAAUUAACAAAACAGAAAGGGAAAGGUACAGAAGCCCCAAAGACUAUUAAAAAGCUGCGGUGGUUUGAUGAAAGUGGUAACACAGAGAACCGUAUAGAUGAUGGGCACCUAGUGAGGAGCAGGGCACGAGGAUGGCCACAGCAGCUGCAGCACUGUCACAGCAGCAGCGGCACCUGCAACCCCAGUGUCCCUGGCUGUACUGUACAUUCUGCUGGUGGGAAGAAGGCCAAGGCUGAUUCUGUCUCUGAACACGCUGCUGAUUUAGGAGGAUCUAAAACAGACAGUAUGCCUUUGAACUCUUCUAUCACUCCAGACUGUAGCUCUGUUAAGCAAGCCUGGUCAGCCUGUAGAAGAGAAGAGAGCAAAGCCCCUGCACACACUGGUGACCCUAAGACCCAGAAAGCUAAGCCUCCCAGAGGAACAAAGCUCACUAGAAGAGCAAGGUCUGCAAAGGUCCAGAAAGGCCUUGUGUAUGUGAACAGAAAAGCCACAGUCAGCCAGCCAUGGUCUUCUGUCAAAGCCCAAACUCAGGGUAAACUAAGUAUACCUCAUCCUACGCCUAAACCAACAACAACUAUUAAAAGUGGUAAAAAUAUGCAAGUGUCCCCAUGUCAAUCAGCCAUACCUGAACAUUCUCAAAAUGUCACAACGCAGAACUUUCUGAGUUCUGCAUGUGUGCUUCCAACAGAGCACCAUUUGAACCAGUGCACUCAAGAAAGUGGCCCCCCGUCCUCAGACACUUGUAACCUACUCGCUGUGACCCCAGCUCUCCCAUCUCCUUACUCUUCUGAGUGCCAAACCUCAGCCAAAGGAAAUUAUUCCGGUGGCACAGCAUCCCAGCAUGACAGGAUGGUAUAUUGUACCCAAAGAAGUCCUGUUUGUGAAGAAAGCUGCCAGCCUUUGACUCACAGGAAUACCGAAGAAGAAUCAACUCUCUCAUGGAGAAGGAACAGUGGGCGCCAAAAUGAGAGAGCCGCUGAUUCUACUGUUACAAGAAGAAAACAAGUUGUUGAAAAUAAGUGGAGAAACCUGUUAGAGCAGAAAAGAGAAACCUCUGGAUCUAUAGGAACGAAGUACACGGAGCAAAUGACUCAUUAUGGACAAAGUGUUCGACUAAAUACAAGUGAACCAAUACAAGUUACAAGAGGUCCCAAGACAGAAGAAGGAACGUUUUACUUUUCAGGUAGUACUUCUGAGUUUUCGGUGGCAGAAAACCUCGUGAAUUCUUCAGUGCCUGAAGAUGAAAUUCUGACUGCCAUAAACAGCAAGCAGCUACAGAGGCCAAGUGUGUCCUUGAGUAAGGGCCAGGCGUCCAGCAUGUGUGCACUGUCAGCUGAGGAGCAGAGGAUUCUGCAGUCUCUCCAUCACCUCAAUGAAAGGCUGUACUAUGUACAAGAAGCAAUUUGCAAAAACCCAUCCAUCAAAAAUACUUUACAGUUAAUACCACUUGUGAACAGCCAGCCGAGGGCCAGUCUGUCUCCUGACAUUGGAUCCAGAGGACAAAGAAAAUACUGAUGAACUGUGAUAGUCACUACUUAGUGGAAUCAUUAUUUUUGAGAAUUUCUGUGAAUAAACUGUUUUUCUGCACUUAUUAAUGAUUUAAAAAUACUAGACUUUUAUGUUUAUAAAAGUAAACCAUAAUGUACUUAAUGGAAAUUAAUUUACUAGCUUAUAUUUAUGCUACAAAUUAUACUUUAUUAUGUAUUUUCUUGAUACACUUUUAAUGAAUGAAAUAUUUCGUUGUUUUCAAUAAGCAUGCUACUGGGUAUAAAUUUUCUCUAUUUAAAAAUAAAAGAUGUUAUUUUAUUAUUCAAAUUAUGUAUUAGGUAAGAUAGUGAAUCUUUGAUUUCUCAAAUUCUAAUAAAUUUUUGUACAAGUACACAAGAAGCUUAUGGUAAUAACAUCACCCAUAAUUAAUAAAGCUAUUUAUUUAAGACUUUGCUUUUGUUUGUUACCAAGAAGUUAAGUUCUUAGCGUGCAUGUGUAUCAUUAAUAUUAUCAUCUUAUUCAAGAGUCAUUAGUCUCCAAAAACAAAAAACAACAUUUUAAA